AGAAUUUCCGGUUGUUUGAGAUCUCUUGAUUUCUCUCGAUUUCUCUGGAUUGAUCGAUGGGGAUUCUAGGGUUCUUCGAUCCGUGAGGCUGGAUCCGGUGAGCCGGCGACCUGAUCCGCGCCACCGGAGAGGUUCUCCGGCGAUAAGACGGCGAACUGAAGUGAUACAAACGUGACAGAUCUGAGACUGGCCGAGAUUUGGCCAUCGAUCGGAGAUCUAUAGAUUUUUCGAUCUGAUUUGGUGUUGUGAAGAGAGAUUUGGGGGUGAAUGGCGGUGAUUGUGAUAGGAUGGUAGAUCUGGAGGUUUAUGGGCUUAUAAUGCCGAGGUUUUUCCUCGGAUCUCCGUCGACGGGUGGGUGAGAUGUGGGCAUUGAGUGCAGUUCUUUGGUGAUUCUGUUGUUGAUGCGGAAUCGUUGAAAUUUUCACUGUGGAUGCUCUUCUAGAGCAACUUGUCAUGCAUUACUAAAACACUUUGGUGCUUUCGAGCUAGUUUUGGAAGCCAAGAUAAACAACAAGCUGCUAGACAUGGUUGGUGCUCAAGGAUGUCUACUUUCACAAAUUUCCAGAUCUUUUGAUCAGGACAGUGGUUCUCUUCAGAAAUACAUAUUAGCUUACAUCUUAUUAGCAAGAAACGGAGGCAUAUUAGAGGAAGUAAGAGGAAGCAUGUGCAAAGAGUUCUACAUAUCUGGUUUGGAUUGGCUAGGACAGAAGAUAAACUAUCCUGCUGCUAAGACACAGCCAGGAAGUGAUUACAGUGGACAACGAUCAGAUGAUUCUCUUCUUCCAGGUCUUCAUGAUGAUAUUGCACUAGAUUGUCUGGCUUGGGCAUGUAGAUCUGAUUAUCCGUCACUGGCUUGUGUUAGUAAAAAAUUUACCUUGUUGAUUGGAAGUGGAUAUCUAUACAAAUUAAGAAGACAACUUGGAAUUAUUGAGCACUGGGUUUACUUAGCUUGUAGCUUGAUGCCAUGGGAAGCAUUUGAUCCUGAAAGGCAGAGAUGGAUGAGGCUACCACGAUUGCCAUGUGAUGAGUGUUUUUCUUAUGCAGACAAGGAGUCCCUUGCUGUGGGAACUCAACUUCUUGUUUUUGGUCGGGAAUUAACUGGUUUUGCAAUUUGGAUGUACAGCUUAGUGAGGCGUGACUGGUCUAGAUGCUCAUCAAUGAAUUUAUCUCGCUGCUUAUUUGGAUCAGGAAGCUCUGGGGAAAUUGCUAUUGUUGCUGGGGGAAGUGACAAGAACGGCCAUGUUUUAAAGUGUGCCGAGUUGUACAAUUCUGAGUUGGGUACUUGGGAAACUUUACCAGAUAUGAACUUGCCACGAAAAAUGUGUUCUGGGUUUUUUAUGGAUGGGAAGUUUUAUGUUAUAGGUGGCAUGUGUAGCCAUACAGAUUCUUUAACCUGCGGUGAGGAGUAUAAUCUUCAAACUAGGAUGUGGAAGAGAAUUCAAAAUAUGUACCCUGGCGGCAAUAGGGCCAGUCAGUCUCCACCAUUGGUUGCAGUUGUAAAUAAUCAGCUCUAUGCUGCUGAUCAAGCAACAAAUGUAGUUAAGAAGUAUGAUAAGAUAAAUAAUACUUGGAAUGUUAUAAAGCCAUUACCUGUUAGAGCUGACUCUUAUAAUGGUUGGGGACUUGCAUUCAAGGCUUGUGGGGACAAGUUACUGGUGAUUGGUGGCCAUAGAGGGCCUCAAGGUGAAGUCAUUGUGCUGCACUCAUGGCGCCCUGAAGAAGGAAACAGUGGACCUGAAUGGGAUGUUCUUUCUGUCAGGGAAAGAGCAGGGGCUUUCGUUUACAAUUGUGCAAUAAUGGGCUGCUAAAGUUUCUGGUUUUUGAGUCUUAGGAGCAGUGCAUGAGGUGAUUGGCCUCACUUAAUUGGGAAGUGGCUUACAUACCUUUACUAUCUUCUGUUUACUACAUUUGGCAACUUGCAUCAUAUUUAUGGUGCGAUCUUUCUUGUCUGUGUUACUUCUUUAGUGCCUUUCGACUGAAAUUGUGCACCUGAGUUAAUGUGGAGGCUUCUCUCUAAUGUUACCCGGCUAGAUCUAAGAUGCUGAAAGUUAAAGAAGGCCUAACAUUAACUUGUCAAGUGGUGCUAUUUCAUGUUUCAAUAAUUUUCAUUUCUGGUAUAAAAUUCUAUUUACCAAGUGUUUCUUUUGGAGUGUCUGCA